AUGUUCACAGCACCCAUCCUUCGCCUGCCAGUGGAGCUUCAUUCGGAAAUCAUCAGACUCCUUGACAUCCGCGAUAGAGUCAACCUGGCCUCCACAUCCCGCUACUUCAGAUUCCUCAUUCCUGCGCCAACGCACAACGAGCUUCUGAUCGCUGAGGACAGCGCAUGGGCAAAGUCGAGUCAGCUAUAUGCUUGUAAGGGUUGCCUGAAUUUUUGGAGCUGGGCUAGCUUUGAGGACAGUAUGAGGAAGGGGAAAUGGUGUCGCAGUGGGACGUUGGCGAGUUCGAGACUAUGUCUGAAAUGCGGGGUAAACAGUGCGCUAUACACUCCGGGUGUGCAUCUCAGAGUUUGUAAUAGGGUACACGUACUCUGCGCUCAAUGUCGGCGACUAACGGAUCAGAUCGGUCGCCACGGCAUGUGUACUGCAUGCUCUCCUAAUAUGCCGCGAGAUCACCAGCCUCAGUAUUUCGACGAUGACGACUGGACCUACAUGAAAGACCGUAUGUCCGACUGCAAUCAUAUGCAAGAAUUCAGUGACUGGCCUGAAGAAGAGCAUUUAUCUAGGUACUGA